UUUUUUUUUCUAAAGGGCCCAUUUCAGUGGGUUAUUUUCCUAAUAAAAGAAGCCUGCCCAGAGGUAAGUUUACUUUCCCCCUCUGAGGACUCAAAACUACAAACUAGUUUUGACUGACAUUAAUUGAACAACAACAAAAAAUAGUCAUAGUCUUUUCUCCACCAGACGAUCCCUGAUAAAUGAAGUUAAAACCACUACAGCACAGUUUACCACAUAAAAUACACAUUUUGUCAAAUUUUGUUGAAGUGUUAUAUUAAUGUUUUAGUAAUAGUGUAGUAAAGUUUAAAAAAUAGUGUAAUCAAGUUAUGAACUCAUAAAAACAAAAACAAGAACGGUUGCUCCCACCAACACCCCAACCUGAUGUGAGACUCGGGCUCUACCUAAGGCGGGUAGAAGGACGGGAAGGGGGAAGAAGGAGCCGUGGGAGACAGACACAUGGACCAGCCUGGUCGAUUCUGAACUGGAGAGAGAGAUGCAGGUAUGGACAGGGGAAACCAGAGGCCGGGAGGUAGGGAUGGCGGUGUCCCGGCAGUGAAGACCCUUCCGCCCCUGUUCUGUGCAAAGUCGGCCCCGCCAAAGCGCCGCGGCUGCCGUGAGGUGUGUGUGUGUGCAUGUGUGCGUGUGUGUGUGUGCGUGUGUGUGUGUGUGUGUGUGUCUGGUGGGGCUACUUGUGGGGACGUAGGGCGGAGCUUCGGGGACAGACUUUGGCCCCGGGGUCCGAACAGACUUUGGCCCCGCCACCCCCACCUGCCAUGCAGCUGGGAACCAGCGCGUCACUCCCAGCGGAAACGCCGCACCGCCCGGGCGUCUGGCGAGGUGCGCGCCUCCCGUCCCCCGCUCCGACGCUUCGCGGCUCGGGGCCCGCCGCCCGCCUCUCACGGCCGAGCAGGGGCGGGGACAGGGCAGCACCUACCGGAAUCCGCGACUCCGACCGCCGAGGAGCCUCCGAAGACAAGCCAGCCCGGACGGCACCCUGGAGACUGGCGCCGAGGGUCCGAGCCUACCCGUGAGUGGGAGGCGCCGACGUCGGCUUGACAGCGCGUCCCAGGUUCGUGUGCGACGGCGCCUCUGCAGAAGCACCACGGGCUCGCUCGUUCUCGCUCUCGGGAAAAACUGAGGAAACAAGCUUGGUUCCCGGACCCAGCGGGGACCGUGGCUGCCAGAAUCCAACAGCUUGGAAAUCCUAUCACCUUGGUUCCCUGAGACUUGGAGUAGGAGCUGACAGCUGGCUGACAAAAAAACUCAUCCAGGGAGAGAAAAGACAUAAGUAUGAAAUUUUGAAUAACGUUUUCAGGUAUUGAUUCUGACUUUUGAAAAUGGAUGAAGGUGUAGAAAUUUCAAGUGAUGGGAAUUCCCUCAUCAAAGCAGUCCAUCAGAGCCGACUUCGCCUCACAAGACUCUUGCUAGAAGGUGGUGCCUACAUUAAUGAGAGCAAUGACCGUGGAGAAACACCUUUAAUGAUCGCUUGUAAGACCAAACAUGUCGAUCACCAGAGUGUCAGUAAAGCCAAAAUGGUUAAAUACCUGUUAGAAAACAAUGCUGACCCCAACAUACAGGAUAAAUCUGGGAAAACUGCUUUGAUGCAUGCUUGCUUAGAAAAAGCUGGUCCUGAAGUUGUUUCCUUGCUCCUAAACAGUGGGGCUGAUCUCAGUUUGCAAGACCAUUCUAGUUAUUCGGCCCUUGUUUAUGCUAUAAAUUCAGAGGAUAGAGAAACCCUGAAAGUUCUACUUAGCGCUUGCAAGGCAAAAGGGAAAGAGGUCAUUAUCAUAACGACAGCGAAAUCACCCUCUGGUAGGCACACUACCAAACAGUACUUAAAUAUGCCUCCUGUAGAUAUAGAUGGGUGUCAUUCCCCAGCCUCCUGUGCCACUCCUUCAGAAAUAGACAUAAAAACAGCCUCGUUGCCACUUUCACAGUCUUCUGAAACUGAAAUGACACUUUUUGGCUUGAAAGGUCUGGAGCCCUCAGGAAGCAGUGAUGAUACACAGGACCCAGGGUCCCCUAUGAGGAAGCCUGCUAUGGCCUCUAAUGGGCCCAAGCUACCCCAGGCUCCAACCUGGAUCAAGAGUCCUCCCUUAUUAAUGCAUCAAAACAGAGUGGCCUCCUUGCAAGAGGAGCUCCAGGAUAUUACUCCAGAGGAAGAAUUAUCCUACAAAACCAAUGGGCUGGCACUUUCCAAGCGAUUCAUCACUAGGCACCAAAGUAUUGACGUAAAAGACACUGCUCAUUUGCUAAGAGCCUUUGAUCAGGCCAGCUCAAGAAAGAUGUCAUACGAUGAAAUAAAUCAUCAGUCAUUUUUUUCAGAAGGAAGCCAGCAAUGCAUUGAAAUCCCUGCUGACCCAGAUCCAGACUCUAACCAGACAAUCUUUGCUUCCACCUUAAGAAGUAUAGUUCACAAAAGAAACUCAGGGGCAAAUCACUACAGCUCUGAUUCCCAGCUCUCGGCUGGUCUCAACCCUACAACUAUAGAAGAUGGCAAAGCACUUAUAGGAAAGAAAAAGAUCUUCUCGCCAUCUCCUUCCUUGUUGUCAGGGCCCAAAGAAUCACUGGAGAAUAUUUCAGCAGGUCCCUUGAGCAGGAGAAAUCAUGCACUUUUAGAAAGGCGUGGUUCAGGAGCUUUCCCUUUAGAUCACAAUAUUACGCCAGCCAGAUCAGGAUUUCUGCCACCCUUAAAUGUGAAUCCUUACCCCCCCAUCUCAGAUAUCAAUGUCAAUAACAAGAUUCCCAGCCUCCUUUCUUGUGGUCAAAAAGUGCUUAUGCCAACAGUUCCUAUGUUUCCUAAAGAAUUCAAAAGUAAAAAAAUGUUGUUAAGGAGACAAUCAUUGCAAACAGAACAAAUUAAGCAAUUAGUAAAUUUUUAAGAGACGGCUACAAGGCACAUUUUGUUCAUAUGUCUACAUCAGAGAAAUAUAGAA